AUGCAAUUCUUCCUGAAGAACAUCGCCCUCUUCUCGCUUCUCGCGAUCGUGGUGUCUGCCGCAUCUAAAUUCGCCAACACUUGCCGCUCUAUUGAGGGCUAUGGCUCUGAGCUCACCGCUGAGUGCCAGGAAUUUGAGAAUGGCCAACUGCGCGAAACAAGCAUUGAUCUGAACCGGUGCCUCAAGAACCACAAGGGCUCCCUCCAGUGUGGAUCGAACGGGAACUACCAGGAUUCCUGCAUCAAUUGUGUCAUGAUCGGAUAUACCGAAUAUCAGUGCCAAUGCCGCAACGUUGACCAGAGCCACAGCUAUGUUCCCACAACGAUUGACUUGAACAAGUGCAUCAGCAACAACCACGGCGAGCUGAGCUGCUAG